AUGGGUCUUAACGAUAUGCUCACCACAGGAUUAAUCCUGGCCGCCACAUGUCUCGCUCCUGUCACGGCACGACCUGCUCCUGGAUGUGCGGAUCCUCUCCCGCGUGCCGCAGUUCCACAGGGAACUGUUGAAGGCUUCCGCGAUGAGUACUGCAACGCUGUCUAUCUUGGUGUUCCCUUCGCCGCCUCCACUGGUGGUCAGAACAGAUGGAAAGCGCCUCAGGACCUUCCUAAAUCUCGCAAUGUCUUCCGGGCCAAGGCUUACGGCCCAACCUGUCCCCAGGCUAUCGGUAGAGAUCCCUUUACUCGCCAGGAUGAGGACUGCUUGAACCUCAACAUCUGGGCUCCUACACGUGGCAAGAACCUGCCUGUAUUCGUUUACAUGUAUGGUGGUGCUAUGGUCACUGGCUCAAACAGCAACUCCCAGAUUCAAGGCACAAACUUUGCCCGCAAUGGAGUCGUCUACGUCAACUUCAACACCCGUGAGAGCAUCUUUGCCUCACCUCAUUCUUCCGAGUUGAAGAGUGCUCACCCCGAGGAGUCCCAGAACUUCAGCAUCCUCGAUGUUGAGAAGGCUCUGGACUGGGUUCACAAGAACAUUGGAGCUUUCGGUGGCAACCCCAACCAUAUCGUCUUCGGUGGUCACUCUUCAGGUGGAGUGCAGGUUGACCACUAUCUGUGGAACAACCCUGAUACCUUCCUCAAGGGUGCCGUCGAGAUGAGUGCCAAUGCAAUCUCUGGCCCCGCCUACGCCCCUGUUGAUGAAGCCCUCAAUGCUGUUGCUGCCGAGGUUGGCUGCCCUAAGGGUGGCAACAGCCAGCUCGAGUGUCUCCGCAAGGUCGAUAUCCUCGACAUCGAGACCAAGAACUUCAACUCCACCUUCAACACCUGGUUCACUCCUGUCGUUGACGACAUCACUCGCUUCUCUGACUACUCCGCCCGUCUUGCCUCCGGUGGCUAUGCUUCUCAUGUGCCCUUGUUGACCGGAACAUCAAACGGAGAGGGAACCAUCUUCAGCCUUGUUUAUGGCGCCGAGAACAGCGACUUCAGCUCAUGGAUCAACACCUUCGAUGCUGAUAGCGCUCACAUUCCUGACGAUGCUCUAAUCAGCGCUUACAACCCUGCUGACUACGCCAGUGAGGCCCUCCGCAGCGGUACUCAGUACGGCGAUGCCCGCUUCAACUGCCCCGUUGACUACCUCAUUGACCUCCGCAGCGAGGAGCAGAAGACUUGGGUGUACCGCUUCUUCGGUGCCUACGACAACGUUGUCGGAGUCCCUGGUACUGCUCCCACUCACGGCACCGAGGUCCCCUUCUUCCACGGUGGUAACGAGUGCUUCAAGUCCCUCGAAGGCGUCACCAAGGCACAGCAAGCCCUUGCCGACUCCAUCCACAAGUGGUUUGUCGCCUGGAUCAAAAACCCCGCCGCUGGACCUGGCUGGAACAGUGUUGAGAAGGCUGGCGAGUUGGUCAAGCUUGGAGUUCCUGGUAAAGAGCUUGCUCGUGGCGUUGCCUCGCGAAGCGAGUUUAACGCUGUGUGCCAGUCGGUCUACAAGCCCAACCUUCCCAAGUACCCCGUUGUCCAGUCUGUUGCAGACUUGGUCAAGGAGCUCUCGGGCUAA